CAGUGGUGCAGCAGCAGCAGCAGCAUUCAACACUGCCGAGGAUGAGUGGAACUCUAUCCCACUUCCGAAGUGACCUUUCCCCGGCAAGUCUCGUGAGGUGGUACAUUAAAGAAGCAACGAGUCGGUCUGAGCUGCGUCAUGGUGAACCCCGGGGUGGCGGCCAGUGGGGGUAGCAGGGACCCCUCAGUGACCAGGCGUCGGGGCAGCGUGUUCCGCAGGGCACUCAUCUCCGUCGGAAUUGUUUCUAAAGAGGAGCGCCUGGUGGCGGCGGCGGACAGCGGGGACGCGGCUUCUGUGACCUCUCUUCUCUCUGGUGGUGCGGACGUCAACUGGCAGAACAGCCAUGGAGAAAACGCCCUCAUGUAUGCUGCCUGGCGUGGACACGAGGCUGUUGUGGCGUCGCUCCUGCAGCAUCCUGCCACGCACGUCAACCUGCAGGACGACGACGGAUGGUCUGCUUUGCUGUGGGCGGCGCACGGAGGGCACACGGGCGUGGUGCGGCUGUUCAUGGUUCACCCUGACACCGAACCAGACCUGGCCAAUAACGCCGGCGAGACGCCACUCAUGAAGGCGUCUGUACACGGCCAUGAGAGUGUAGUCAAACAGCUUCUCAGCUCCUACCGCACGUCUGUGGACAAGUGUCAUCCUGACGGGUCAACGGCCCUGCUGUGGGCAGCUGCUGGCGGCAGUGUGGAAUGCGUCUCUGCGCUCCUCGAGGCCAAACCCGACAUUGCUAAGAGGGACAAGGAUGGCAUGAACGCUCUCAUGUGGGCCGUGUCGGUGGGCCGGGCGGAGGCCACAGAGUUGUUGGUUCAAAGUGGUGUGGAUCUGUCUCAGAGAGACAACAUAGGCCGGUCUUCGCUGCUCAUGGCGGCGGAGACGGGCCAUGUGGAGGUGGCCAGCAUACUACUGCACCACGACGCCGUGGACGUCAACGCGGCAACCAAAGACAAGGUGACGCCUCUGAUGCGAGCGGCGGAGCGCGGCCACACCGUCGUGGUCAACAUGCUGUGCAAGUGUAAUGACACAGACGUCAAUUUGCAAGACAACAACGACCGCUCGGCGCUGUUUUAUGCCGCGCGUUCCGGCCACGCCGACUGUGUGUACAUUUUACUCAAGCACGGAGCCAUAAAUCCCAACCUUAGUGACCUGGAGGGUCAGACUCCUGCCAUGGUGGCCGCCAGCGUGGGCCACGAGGAGGUACUGGUGGCCCUCCUCUCUCACCAGGACACUGACAUCUCCUUAAGGACCCGAAAUGGCUUCACGGCUUUCCUUCUUGCUGCUCGGAGCGGCCAGCGCUCGGUGGUGCAGAGGCUGCUGGCACAUCUCGAGGUGGACAUAAAUGAGCAGGAUGGGGCAGGCAUGACAGCUCUGGCGUGGACAGCGAAGGCUGGCGCCGUGCAUGUGAUGGAGUUACUGCAGCAGUAUCAUUCUCUGCGACCUGACACACCAGACAGUAAUGGCCUCACACCUAUGAUGUGGGCUGCGCGAUGCAACCAGCUUUUGUCAGUUAAGACGCUUCUGAGGGAUUCUCGGAAUGACACAGAGGCGAAGGACCGGGAUGGCCGCACGGCCAUGGCAUGGGCACAGCACGAGGACCACAAAGAAGUAGCACAACUGCUGGCGCGAUAUAGCCAGCUGGCGUCGAACAGCACUGAAAGCUCCGUGGACGAUUCCUCCUCAGAGUGCUCCACACACACUCCGUCCGCCAUGACGCAGCGCUACGGGCAUCCGGUGAGCGACAUGCAAGUGGACAACAUUGGGGACGUGGUGAAGCUGCUGGAAAACGGACCGUAUGUCAGCUGGCGCCAGAAAACCGGGAAGACGUCCUUCGCUUGGGCGGUAGCCAGUGGCCAGAGUGAGGUUGUCAAGGUGUUCCUGCUCGUCCCCGGCCUAGAUGUGAACGAGAGGGACGAGCAAGGUCUCACGCCCCUUAUGGUAGCCGCUAAGAACGGACAUGUUCAAGUCCUUCACUUGCUACUUACGCACAAGGACGUUGACUACAAUAGUGUUGAUUGGCGCGGUCGAUCUACACUCAUGUUGGCAGCGGAGCACGGUCAGGUGAGGACCUUGGCUGUGCUGCUGAGGUGUCCCGAGGUGGAUGUGAACCAUCAGGACAACGCUGGCCACACGGCUCUUACCCUUACCGCUACCGCGGGCAUGUAUGAGCUGACGAGUUUGCUUUUGCAGCACAAUGCCAUCAACGUCAAUCUGGCAGCCACAGACAGGUGCAGCGCCUUGCUGUUCGCCACGCGCACCGGCCACGACGAUACCGCAGAACUUUUGAUCAAGAAUCCUAAGACAGACGUCAAUCUGGAGGACGAUUGUGGUGACACAGCGCUGCACGUGGCAGCGGGACACCACGGCAACGCGCAACUCACUCGAAUCCUGCUGCAACACUCUCAUAUUGGCGUGAACCGUCGCAAUAGCCAAGGCAGCACGGCUCUACUGCUAGCGUCCAAGAAUGGCCAUCUAAAGAGUGCCAAGUUGCUGCUGGAGCAUAAUCUCGUCGACGUGAACUCUCGGGACAACGUGAACAAGACGGCGCUCAUGUACGCCUGUAUCAUGGGCCACGAGGGCAUUGUCUGCCUCCUGUUCUCUCACCCAGACCUGGAGCCCAAUCUCCGCUGCAACGAGCAGGGAAUGUCAGCGCUGCUGCUGGCCACACGAAGUGGCCACUCGGGCCUUCUCGCUCUCCUAUGUGCCCGAAACAACAUCGACAUCAAUCAGACUGAUGACUUUCAUGCUUCGCCGCUGAUGUACGCAGUGAGGCGCGGCUCUCAGGCCUCUGUGGAGGCUCUUCUUGAUCGCCCUGACAUAGACAUUAACAUAAGUGACGCGGAAGGCAAGACUCCACUGCUACGGGCCUUGGCAGACAACCUCUACUCCUUGGCCAUGCUGCUGCUGGCCAGACCUGAUGUUGAUGUCAAUUCACGCACGCUGGAGUCCAAGACUGCGCUUAUGUACACAGCUACAUACCCAGAGGGCCUGCCCGCACUCAGGCUCAUGCUGGCCAUCCGUGGCGUGGAGUUAAACGCCGCUGACGAACAGUCGUGCACGGCGUUGCUUCACGCGUGUAAGUGUGGCAACGUGGAGGCGGCGCUGGCGAUGGUGGAGACUGAAGGCGUGGACCUGGAGCUACGGGACGACCAGGGCAUGACGGCACUCAUGUGGGCGGCGCUGCUCGGCUUCCGUGUCAUCGUGCAGGCACUGCUGCAGGUGAGGACGUUGGAGGUGAACACGUUGAGUCCUGACGGACUGUCGGCGCUGGGCCUGGCGUGCGAGGCGGGCCACGUGGACGUGGUGCAGCAGCUCCUUUCGCACGCUGCCGUGGACGUGAACGCCGGGGACGCCGCGGGACGCACGCCCCUCGUGGCGGCUCUCGAGCGGUCCCAACACGAGUGUGUGCGAGUGUUGCUGCAGCACCCGUCCCACUCCCUCUCCCGCGCCGGUGUGCGCCCGCCCUACCUGCCGCCUACCCUCAAGGCCAUGGUCAAUCUAUACCGAAACAACAACCAGGUGCGUCACGCUCUGGUGCUAAGCGCCCCGCCGCCCUCAUUAGUGCUGGACGGAGCCACACGUGCUGGGGAUGCCUGUGUCGCAGGAGGCGGUGAGGUGGCGUCUGUUCUGCUCUCUCUUCCACGUCCGUUCCAGGUGGUGCAGCACGUGUUGCGACGAGCCUCCCCAGAGUCCUUAGCCAAGCAGGUGCACACCUUUGCUGACAAGAUCCACUCGGGAGAAGAAGGUGCUGUCGUUUUAUACAUCAGCGGCGAGAUCCUGGUGACUCCGGAAGGUCCCGCCCUGUGCCUCCCUUCAGCUCAGCCCGCGCCCACCAAUGUUCUCCUCUCCUCUCUGGUGAACGCCCUCGCCGCCGUGCCCACACUGGUGCUGUUGCUGGACGCUGUGGCAGUCAGGGUCGAUGAGGCGGCCUCUCAGAGUGCUCGUUCUAAUCCCCACGCCCACAUCCUGCCACCGCUGCUUCAUCCGAACAUGGCGGCGGUGGGCGGAGCCUCAACGGAACGGCUGCAGGUGGUUGGCUCUCGGUGCUCUGCCUUCAGUGCUGAGCUGGCCAGGGAAAUCCUUCACGGCGUCACGAUGCAGCAGCUACACCAAAGAACCAAUCAGCAACUGACCGCGGCUCUUCGUACUAAUGCUUCUAGCCCCUCGCCGCCUGUUACACUGUUCUCUAAUCUAUCACAGGACUGGCUCUUCUGAAGUUCCUGACAGCCUCUGAACUCUCCCUGGAUAGCGAAAUUCCCAACCACUUACUCAAAGUCACUCUUGUGUUGCUCCACGCUUGUCGGUGCUGGGCGCGGUAACAGUCCCAUAGUGGCGGCCUCGGGACGACAGAGUGGCAUCGCACCAAGCGCUCACCACAGGAAGGGAAACUAUUGCCAAAAUAUUUCAGAAGGGAUUUGUACCUUCUCUUGAAAGUGCUCACAUCCCAGAUACCGAAAAGAUAUUUUACUAGUGUGAGCAAGUGCACCUCAAGGGACAUUUCAGAAUGAUUUUGUGUUACCUAUCUAUCUAUCUAUCUGUGUCUCUCUGUGUGUCAAUAUCAAACUCCUGUUCUUAUGAACGGGAUCGGUGUAGUAAGAUUUUACAGGGAACCAACUACCAGCCUCGCAGAUUGCGGGGCGUGUGACCACAGCAAGCCUGCCUGACAGGGAUUACUGCUGGAACUAUUGUCGCAACACUUGGCGCUCAUUGGUCGGUUAAUCGGAGAUACCUCAAGGUCCCAAAAACAGAGCUAACAGUUUUCACACCAGCUGUCCCUCACGCCACCCCUGCCACAUCCACGGACACUUACUGUCAUUGUUAUCAUUAUCACUAAGCACUGUCCUGGUAGUUCAUGUUCCUGACUUACAACUGAGGAAACUUUAGCUGGAUUCCUUAUAAGUUGAUCAAAAUAAUUCAUACUAUUCCCCUUCUGCUGUAGCCCUUCUUCGCAGGAGCCUGGUGGAAGUUAGAUACGAGACCUCGCUUGCUGGCAAAAGAGUAAGCCCAACAAUUCUGCAUUCAAUGUGUGUGUGUGUGUGUGUGUGUGUGUGUGUGUGUGUGGUUCUGUGGGUGCAGAAGGCCGCAGCUGUAGUCCUAUGUUGUGGCUGCGUGUGCAAAGUGUGUGUAGUGUGAGUGGGGUCUGUACCACAAGAGGUCGGAUAGAUAAGGUCCUCGCCACGCCGCUAUAAUAUGUCCAAACAAGUAUUGUACGCAAGAUUGUAACUGUUAUUUUUUA